ACUCUCGAAUUAUCUCAGAUUCUCAAUGCUAUAAAAUUGCAAAUCCACCAAAAUUGUAGGGUUUCCAUAUCCUUCGAUUUUUCAAUCAUCAGAGCUCUGAUCUUACAAUCAAAGCUUUCAUUAAUGGAGCCGGAGAUUUCGCUGAAUUUGACCGCGAGCUGGAAUGAUAGUUGCUGUUCUUGAUCUUGAUCUGAUUGGAUUUGGGGGGUCGGGGUGGUGGGAUCGUUGAAUCGCGGCAUGGAUUUGGGAAGUCAAUGCUCGGUCCAUGAAUCCGUGGAAGAAAAUGAAUUGACACCGGAAAGAGUUCCGCAAGCUGAUCAUAACACAGCUACGAGUAAUUGUUCUGGUUCAUACAAGGAAAAGCUGAGCUCUGGCAAUGAGUGUGCUACUCCAGCUGCUGGUAAUGAGAUUCUGCCUGAUUCAACGGCGGGAAAGGAUUCCAAAGCUGGGGAACCUGUGAAUUCUCCUCCUUGUACAGCUAAAUCGCCUGAUGGAGUAACUCCUCCAACUGCAAAGGGGUAUGGGUUGAAGAAAUGGAGGCGGAUAAGACGAGACUUCCAGAAGGAUCCUAAUGCUACUGCAGAUUCUAAUAAGGCUCUGAAGCGAGUUUUGCCCGCCCCUGCGAACCCUAGUAAAAUCUUCCACAAUAGCGAGGCUUUGGUUGGAUCUACGAGUGGGAUGAGAUAUGAUGGCUCGGCUGAUGGCUCUGCAGCUCGCAGUUCCAGCUUGAACUCUAGAUUUGCGGCUGUGCCCACUUUUGUUGCUGGCGCAGAUUCUGACAAUAGUGAGGACAGGAGUAGCAAGUCUUCCACAGCUGCCAGUUUUCCUAAAUUCAAGUCCGAGUUGCCCUCAGGAUCAGGACAUGCCCUAGAAAAGAAUAGGAUCAAGAAUGUCAUCGGGAAGAUUUCGAGCGGUUCAGCGAAAGGCGCUCAGCAAGGAAAGGGUCGAGUUGAGAGCAGUAAGAAGCAGAGAGGAGAAAGGAUCAAAAUCGAGAAAGAGAACUCUCAUUCCAGCGUGGAAUCCGAUUCUAGAAGCUCAAACUUUGUCUUUACGCAGGCUAACUUUUCAGCAACAAGCAAUGGAAAGAAAAGCGGUAUUUAUGACGGGGAAUGUAGCGACGAUGCGGAAGAGUGCGGGCCACAGUUCAGUGAGGAAGUUCAAACGGCUUACAGCAAACAGAACUCAGGUGAUUAUGAUGACCGUUCUCAAGAUGAUUCUGUUGCAGAAAUGCCAUGGAAGGCUGAAAAGGAAAAGCGCGAGAACCAUCAUUCUUCAGUAGAUCGUGAUCCUCUUGUUGAAUCUAUCCUCUCCCUUCAGUCUGUGCAAGAAUCGCUUGAAAGAGAGUUGCAGAAGUUUGCUGACAUUGGCAAGGAACCUGGGUCGCCUCCUUCGGCCAAUGGUAGCAGUCCACAACACGAACAGCUUGACCCGGAGCUUAUUAAUCAAAUCCCUUCAAGCUUCCUGGAGAUACAGAUGUUGACCUUGACGGAGAACAUAAAGAACCUAGAAGCCAAGCUCGAGGAAGCAAGAGCCACCGUCCAGGCAAAGGAAGCCCAAGUUUCUGAACUUGAAGCCGCUCUAAAUCUCAGCAAGCUGCCUAAGGAAGAGCCAGGAAGUGGAGAAGCUGAGUCCGAGAUCGAGGGGCUCUUCAGGCAGAAGAUCGAGGCCGAGAUCGAAUACUUGGCCAUAACUAGGACAAUACAGAAACUUAGAGUUGAGGAGCAGCAGAGUUUAGCCGACAUACAGUCGAAUAUGAUAACCAAGCUUGGGAAAGUGGAGGCCAAGGCCACGGAGCUCAAGAAGCAGGCAGAAGAAGAGGCAUAUAAGAACUUAGUCUCUGCUGACCUCAAAGGUGUAGACGAAGUUCUAACGUUCCAGAACCGAGCCUGCAAGGCUUCGUUUUUCCUUAUCUUGCAGUUAGUAUUGCUCCUAGUGGUCUGUUGGCUGUUCGUCUUGAGUCUAUCUCCCGAGUCCGCCAUCUCUGUACCGACUUGAAGCUCGUAACGCAGAUUCCAUUUGUGCAUCUCUCUCUCUCUUUAACUUCCAUGAUUUCUGGGAACCCUUUCCGGCAACAUCUCAAUUUGUUGUCUUUGGUGUUGAGAUUUUUGCUGGGGGGGAGGGUUUUCUUUUUCCCUUUUUCUUCCUUCCUUGUCAUUUGCACUUCUUAGUUUUUCUUUUCUUCUUCUUGUUUUUUUUUUUUUGGUUAAGGUGAGUGAGGCAAGUAAGAUGAGGCACCAGAGGAAGAAUGGUGGGGUCUUUCUGUAAUAAUAAUUGGGGGGAAGUCACAUUUUGUUCAGAGCAUCAUUACAUGUAAUGUAAAUUAGUCCCUUUGAACUUGUCA